GGUAGUAUUGUGUAUCUGCCACGCAGGAAGAGUGAGAGCAUCAUGUGAUUGCAAGCUAAGUGCAACUAUAACACCAAUAAAGCCAGAGAUCAUCAACUCAAGACUGGAUGCGCAAGAUGCCAUAAUUGACAGUGUUGCAGACAAGUACCAAACAUUACUCCAGGACAAUCAGCUAAAACUUGAGCGAUUGAAGAAUGCCAAAAAAGAUGCAGAGCUUGGGACAGAUAUUGUGUAUAAUUUAGCAAAUGAUUGUGCCAAGAAUGGCAAGUUACGCUGCAUUGAAUCUGGAGAGUGCAUUCAUUUACUCCAGGGCUGUGAUGGGGUGGUUGACUGUUUAGAUGGCUCGGAUGAAGAAAAUACAACAUGUGUGAAUCCUUUGAAACCUGGUGGAAAGUAUCAAGCUAUACUUCCAAAAACUCAGACCUGUUUCCCAGAUGCUGCAUCUUUUGUUAGGAUUAUUGUAAUCAUCAACAGUAUAGUGACCAGUGAACAUCUUCCCCAGUAUAUUGUUGGCACUAUCUCUGGGGAUUAUUCAUUCACUGACAAAGAGGGGAGACAGAUUACUGGUGCUGUACCAGCAACAUAUACCUACCACAUAGCCUCAGGUGAAGCGAGGGUGAAAUAUAUGAAUGAUCGCUAUAAAUUUACGGGGCAUGCAUUUUUGCCUUAUUUCCUUGGUUCAACACCAAUCAGCGGUGCCUAUUACCAUGGGCAUGAUUUAAAGGAGGUUUGCUCAGAUGCAGUUUGGUACCGUGUUGCUUAAUUCAUCAUAAGCCAAUGCGGGAUUAGUUAAAUGCACAUGUGGACAAUGCAUACUAAUCUGAACCAAACCUUUAAUUGACUUAAACACUGAUUCAAGAAAAAUAAAGUUAUCCAGCCAGCACUCUUAAAAUCAGAUAUUGUAAUGAUGGCAACAAAAAGCUUUACUUCAAAUUAUUUUGCAAACUAUCAAAUGUAAAAUGUGAAACGAAUUACUGCUGAAUAAAACACAAUUGAUACCAGAACCACAACAAACUGAAUACAAAUAUUUUAUAAAUAUGCGUUCAUGCAGUUAGUCUAGAUCUCUGAUCUAUGAGGUUGUAUAAAAAUGCAUCAUUGACAUCUUGUUCUAGUAUAGCUCCCUUCCUCAUAAUGGAGUGUAUUAUUAGUAUAGUAUACAUACAACUGUAAUAAACUUGUACAAAUAUGUACAAAUAAAUGAUUUGAUGAUAGAUGGUUAAAUGAUUUAGAGAUUCUUAGUAUUAC